CUCGGGUGAGGUCAGAGCGGCAAGCAGCAGCGGCUGGGGCCUCCCUUCUCCCCACAUCACCGCACCUCACCUCGCCACCGCCUCGUCUUCUCAGCACUUCUUCCCGUCCAGCCCACGCUCGGCACCUCGUCCGCUGCGCCGCCGCCACCGCGCGUGCCCUGUGCCCCACCCUCCGCGCCUCUCGCCACUCCACUCUGGGCAUCGCGCCGCCGGGGCGCCCGGCCUCGUUGCAUGGCACAGCGCCGCGCCUGCUAGCCUUCUCCUGCGCCGGGCAUGCGCUUCCAUGUCUCGGGCGUCGGCUCCAUCGGCUCGCUCGUCGCGUUCCACCUGCAGCGCUCGACGCGCGCCCAUGCCAACCUGCGUGCCGCCGCCGCCGAGCUGCCCAAUGCCUUUGCCAGCGGCAGCGGCAGUGGCCAGUCCAGCAGCAGCAGUAAUGAGGGUGCCGGCAGCAGCAGUGUGCUCGGCAGCAGCGCGCCUGGCCUCGCUACGCCACACCUCGCUGCGCCGCACGUGCACGGCUUCUUGCCCGACCCGUCGCAGACGCAUGUCACGCUGCACUUGCGGCAUCAGAAGCCCGUCGGGCGGCCUGAGUUCAUGGCACUGCCGCCAAAGGAGGACGACAGCAUCAUCGUCGAGCGCGACGGCGCCCGGUUCACCGAGCGAGACUUCCACAUUCAGCGCCACGCACCCAUCACGUUGUUGCAGCCGCCGCCAGCGCCAAAAGCGCGGCGGAAAUCCGCCUACUCUGGGCAAGACGACAAGCCACAGGGCAUCUGUCACGCGCAAGGGUACGCUUCCGACUCCAUCGACUCUCUCAUCGUCACCUCCAAGGCAGAUACCACGCUCUCGUCACUUGCUCCGCUCGCCUCCCGUCUCACGCCCUCCUCCACUAUCGUGCUCCUGCAGAACGGGCAGGGCGUCCUCGACCUGCUCUACGAGAAGCUCUUCCCGGAUCCGCAGCACCGGCCAAACUUCAUCCUUGCCUCCACGACGCACGGCGCAUGGCGCAAGCGGCGCUUGCACGUCGUCCACGCCGGCGUGGGCGAGCUGCACUUUGGCGUCGUGCCAAACGCGCUGCGCGCGCCCGAGGGCUACGAGCGCUCCGUCAUCGUGCGGCCGCCAGGCGCCAACCGCGCGCUCGAGGAGGAGGCCGAGGCUCGCGCCGCUGCUCGGGAGGCAGCUGACAAGCUGCGGGAGGAGGAGGGCAAGUCGGUAGGCUGGGAGUUCUUCCGGCCACGCACGACUGCGCAGCGGCGCUCGCGCAGCCGCGGGCGCGCGCAGGAGGUGCUCGACCUCGCCGCGAUCCCCGAGCUGCCCGAGACGCUCACGCUGCGGCAUACCGUCGCGGCGCUGCUGGCUAUGCCGUUGGGCGUGCAGUGGCUUCCGAUCCGGCAGAUGCAGCUGAAGCUGAUGCACAAGCUCGUCAUCAAUGCCUGCAUCAACCCGCUCACGGCGCUCGCCGACUGCCGCAACGGCGAGCUGUACGGCAACGCCGCUGCGCGCCUCGCGAUGGGCGACAUCUGCCGUGAAGCCAGCGCCGUUCUGCUUGCGCAGGCGCGGGACGCGCGCGAGGGCAGCGGCUCGGCUGGCGGUCUCGACCAGCUCGAUGCUUCGCUGCUUGACCAGUCGCUGUCGCCCUCGGCGCUGCUGAGCGCCGCCGAGGCAGUGGCGCGCAGCACGGCGCAGAACUUCAGCAGCAUGCAGCAGGAUGUGCACAACAUGCGCGGCAAGACGGAGAUCGACUUCAUCAACGGCUACAUUGUCGGGCUUGGCCGCCGCUAUGGCAUCGACACGCCCGUCAACAGCGAUCUCGUCAAUCUCGUCAACUUCAAGGCCACGCUCGCGGGCAGACGGCCAGGCAGCAAGCUCUGAAUGAGGCAGUGGUGCUUCAUGCUUUGCACAAUACGUAGCCGCUUCCGCCUGCCGCGGCAGGCUGGCGGCACCUCGGCUGGCGCUGCGUUCUCGCGGCAGCAGCCCGUCGCGACGCCUCUACCGCGGCUCGUCGCAGCAAGCACUUGCGCGCCCAAUGGCCGCGCUACCUGUGCGCAGGCUCUCGGGUGCCUCGAGCUGGCCAGUUGGGACGGAAACGCCGUCGAAGGGCGGCAUGAGGAAGAGAGGGAAGGGGGGAAGUAAGGAUGCUUGGGCUCGCAGCUAGCACUGCGGAUGGUGUUUCAUCGGUCUCAAUAGAAUAAUGCACGACAGGGCUUUCCCCUCGAGUGACCUG